AUGACCGGUCCAUUGAGGCCCGAGGAAGACGGCCGCUGGGGUGAGAAUGCGGCCGGAGAGAUCUCCAUUAACGCCGCGCUCGAUGAGUUCCACGGCCUCGAGAAGGAGCUUUCGACAUUACAACACCAUCACUCCACGGCCGCACACCAUUCACAACCCAAAACCCACGAACGCGAUGCAGGGGGUGAGAGCGACUCAACCAUCGCGCCAACCGAGUCCGGCGAGAACUCGUUCGACCUCCCGGACUUUCUCAGGCGGGGGAUCAUGGACAUGCGCACGCCAACAGGAGGGCCAACGAAAAAGCUCGGAGUUUCGUUCAAGAACUUGACGGUAAAGGGAAUCGAGUCAUCAACCAAGCAAGCCGUCACGUUCCCUCGGGAUCUUCUCAAUACGUUUGGUCCCGACUUCUAUCACUUCAUCACCGGCUUCUUCCCGAAACUCAGAAUUCACAAAGAGCCUACCGUCGACCUCAUUCGGAACAUGACUGGGACAGUGAGACACGGCGAGAUCAUGCUGGUUCUGGGUCGACCGGGUUCUGGAUGUUCGACCUUUCUCAAGGCCAUCGCCAAUCACCGAGAUGAGUACGCCAAGGUCGACGGAGAGGUGUACUACGGCGCGAUACCGGCUGAGGAUCAGCUGCGACUUUUUAGAGGAGAGGUGGUCUACUGCGAGGAAGAUGACCGGCACUUUCCCUCGCUCACAGUAUGGCAGACGCUUUGGUUCGCGCUGAAGAACAAGACCAGGAAGAGGGAACAGUGGACUAUUCCCAUAAUUCUCGACUCGCUUCUCCAAAUGUUUGGUAUUGAUCACACCAAGAACACGCUUGUUGGCGACGAGCACAUUCGAGGUGUUUCUGGAGGAGAACGCAAGCGUGUAAGUCUGGCAGAAACUCUGGCCACAAGAGCUUCAGUCGUCUGCUGGGAUAACUCCACCCGCGGCCUUGACGCCAGCACAGCUCUCAGCUUCGCCAAGUCACUCCGAGUCUACACAGAUGUCAGUGGCCGCACGACACUAGUCACACUCUACCAGGCAGGCGAGUCUAUCUAUGAAUUGAUGGACAAGGUGCUCGUGAUAGACGACGGACGUAUGCUAUUUCAAGGCCCAGCCAACGAGGCGAAGAAGUAUUUCGAGGACUUGGGAUACUUGUGUCCCCCAAGACAGACCACCGCAGACUUCUUGACCUCCAUCGCCGACAAGAACGCCCGUCAUUUCCAGUCCGGACGCGAGGAAUCAGCCCCAAAGACACCUGAAGAGCUUGAACAAGCUUUUCGACAGAGCGAGCACUACCAACGACUACUUCAAGACGUUGACGAUUACGAGCGGGACAGCAAGUCUACGAACAGCGAGAAACAUCGCAUCUUCGAGGAAACGGUCAAAGAAGCCAAGAGCAAGACUGUUGUCGGGGACUCGGUUUACACUGUGUCGUUCUUGAAGCAGGUGGCUGCAUGCACGAAGCGACAAGCCUGGCUGCUCUGGGGCGACCGAAACUCCUUCUACACCAAACUUGUCAUCAUAAUUGCCAACGCUCUCAUCGUAUCAUCUUUGUUCUACGGCGCCGGACAAGACACCUCGUCGGUCUUUGCCCGCGGCGGUGUCGUCUUCUUCUCAAUUGCCUUCAUCGGAUGGCUCCAGUUCGCUGAACUCCUACCCGCGGUCUCAGGACGUACCACGAUCGAGCGACAGCGAGUCUUCGCCUUCUACCGACCAUCAGCCGUCGUCAUCGCAAGGAUGCUCCUCGACUUCCCUCUCAUCUUGAUCAUGACACUACUCUUCAGUAUCCCUGUUUACUUCCUCGCCCAAUUCGACAUCGAUGCGGCCAAGUUUUGGAUUUACACGUUGCUGGUGUACACAGCAACUUUCUGUCUCACGACAAUGUACCGCAUGUUUGCAUCCCUAUCAUCCACGGUCGAUGAUGCCGUCCGAUUCGUCGGAGUUGUUCUCAACAUCAUGUUCAUCUUUACUGGCUACGUGAUUCCGAAACCGGCUCUUGUUAAUGAUGCCAUUUGGUUUGGCUGGAUCUACUACAUCAAUCCGGUAGCGUACGGAUUUGAAGCACUCCAGACCAACGAGUUCUUCGGCCGAGAGCUGCAGUGCAGCGAGUCUCAGCUUGUCCCUCGAGGACCUGGCUCAGAUCCCAACUAUCAAGGAUGCAGUCUUCCCGGCUCAAUUCUUGGUAGCACUGUUGUCAGUGGUCCGGCAUACAUGCAAGCCUCAUUCGAAUAUUCGAGGUCCAACCUCUGGCGCAACUUCGGCAUUAUGCUGGCUUUCACCGUCUUCUAUCUUGCGAUUACAGUCGUUGCCGUAGAUACGAUCAGAUUCAAGGGCUCCGGUGCGCAGUCACUCAUCUUCGCAAAACGGCCAGACACCAAGUCGAAGGAGGAGAAGAAGAAGAGCAACAUGGCGGAGGAGACCUUUGAGCCGAUUGGUGACGGAAAGAGCGUCUUCACGUUCAAGAACAUCAACUACACAGUCCCCUACGGCAAUGGUGAGCUUCAGCUUCUCAAUGGUGUUUGCGGAUACGCCCGUCCGGGAAAGAUGAUUGCGCUCAUGGGAAGUUCCGGUGCUGGCAAGACGACUCUUCUCAACACGAUCGCACAAAGACAGAAAGUCGGUGUUGUUUCUGGCGAGAUGCUGAUCAACGGCUCGCCUCUCCGAGCCGAGUUCCAGCGGGGCACGGGUUUCUGCGAGCAAAGAGAUAUUCACGAGGGCACGGCAACCAUUCGAGAGGCACUGGAGUUCUCAGCUCUCCUCCGACAAGAACGUACCAUCCCGCGAGCUGAGAAGAUUGCCUACGUAGAUCGCAUCAUCCACCUUCUUGAGUUGAGCGAGUUGGAAGACGCGCUGAUAUCUUCGUUAACCGUGGAACAGAGGAAGAGAGUGACGAUUGGAGUUGAGCUUGCUGCCAAGCCCAGCCUUCUUCUGUUCUUGGAUGAGCCAACCAGUGGUUUGGACAGUCAGUCCGCCUACUCUAUCGUCCGCUUCCUGAGAAAGCUUUGCGAUGCAGGUCAAGCGAUUAUCUGCACCAUCCAUCAGCCAUCCUCAGACCUCAUUGAGCAGUUUGACAUGAUUCUUGCUCUCAACCGCGGCGGCAACACCUUCUAUUUCGGACCGGUCGGCACCAACGGCUCCGUCGUGGUCGACUACUUCGCGCAACGAGGCUUCCCUUGCCCUCCCAGCAGAAACGUCGCGGAGUUCAUUCUGGAAACGGCCUCGAGACCAUCGGUAAAAGAUGGCAAGCGCGUUGACUGGAAUGAGGAAUGGCUCAACUCGAGUGAGCACAAGGCCAUUGUAACGGAAAUUGACGAAAUCACGGCUGCAAGACAAGGCCCUUCGACGACAUUGUCGGCGCCGACCGAAUUUGCUUCAUCCACAAUGUACCAAUGCCUCCUGCUUACCAAGCGCAUGUUCGUCCAACAUUGGAGAGAGCCUCAGUACAUGUACAGCAGAGUCUUCGUGCAUACCGUUAUGGGCAUCUUCAACGGAUUCACUUUUUGGAUGCUGGGUAAUGAUAUCGCAAGCAUGCAGAAUCGCAUGUUUUCCGCCAUCAUUCUCAUCUUUUUUGUGCCCCCAACAGUCGUGAACUCGGUUGUCCUGAAGUUCUUUCAGAACAGAGACCUCUGGGAAGACCGCGAGUUGCCGAGUCGCACAUAUGGUUGGGUUGCUUUCUGCACAGCGAAUGUUGUCUGCGAGAUUCCUAUGGCCAUUGCCUCCGCUACGAUCUACUGGCUUCUGUGGUACUUCCCAGUUGGCUUCCCAGCAACUGCUUCCAUCUCAGGGUACACUUAUCUCAUGGUCCUCGUCUGGUCACUGUUCCAGUCUAGCUGGGGACAAUGGAUCUCGGCUUUCGGGCCGUCGUACUCGACGGUGUCUAACAUUCUGCCCUUCUUUUUCGUGAUGGUUGCCCUCUUCAACGGUAUCCUAGUACCAUACGACUCCAUUCCAGAGUUUUGGCGGUACUGGAUGUACUACAUCAACCCGACGACCUGGUUCACUCGCGGUGUUCUCUCCGCCGUACUUCCCCCGGCCGUCGUUCAGUGCGCCUCUGCGGAAUUCGCACGCUUUAACCCGCCGCCUGGGUUAACCUGUGCCGAGUAUGCGAACAACUUUGUGACGCAAGUUUCUGGCACCGGAUACCUUGAGAACCCCAAUGCGACUUCCAACUGCGGCUACUGCCCCUACAACAACGGUGGAGAGUACAUGAGAACACUCAACGUCUUCCUGACCGACAAGUGGCCCUCAUUCGGCAUCUUGAUUGCGUUCGCGGUGGCCAAUUGGGCUUUGGUUUACUUCUUCGUGUACACGGUUAGAAUUCGCGGGUGGACUUUUGGGGUGUCUACCGUGGCUAAAGUACUGUCGGGCAUUGUUGAGAAGUUCAGGGGCGGGAAACAGAAGGAAGCGGAGCACGUUUGA